GCAAAGCGCAGAACUACAACAAGGCACCAAUGAGCUCUUGUGCUCGACAGAUUCUCUGCGCCCGAUUAAACUACAUUAAAGUUGCCCGAACUGGGUUCAAUCUACAUAAGCAACCACAUACGUCGAUCUCAAAACGCCCAGCCUUUACAGGCAAAGUCACCAGGCAACUUUCGCCAAAACCCAAGCUCAGCGCAGAAGUUUCGCACAUGUCUGACAGCAUAUUACUGAACUGUCUAGUUCGCGGUGAAGCUCCUCCUGCCGACUGUGUAUUCGCAGUUGAGGUUCGAAAUACCAAACCUGUCGCCAUUCUCAAAGACGCGAUCAAAAGAAAAAAGCGGCCUAUAUUUGACAGUAUCCCUGCCAAUCGACUCUCUCUCUGGAAAGUAUCUCUUCCCAUUGAUAGCGGCAUUGAUGAAGCACUCAAACAGCUUGUACUGGAGCAUAAUACUGAAAAGAACAUACAAAAGCUACUCCCAGUAAAAGAUCUAUCAACCUAUUUCCCGACAGCACCUGUCAAAGAGCACAUCCAUGUUAUCAUUGAAUCGCCACUUGCUUUGCUACCAGCACCUGUGGUGGCUCCUCGAGAGUUUUUGCACAUCCCUGCCAAAAGAGAGCUAGAGUUCAGCCUCAAGCCACCAAAUCGGCAGAAAACCACUGGCUUUCCCGUGAACUCUGUUUCCAAUUUCAAGACAUUGAUGGACCGAGGCUUUUUCUAUGCUGACAAAACAAAAUAUAUCAAAGAUAUCGAGAAAGAUCAAGAUGUCUUGAUGUUCUUGCGACCAAAGCGAUUCGGCAAAUCACUGUUGUUGUCUAUGCUCAAACAUUUUUACGACAUCAAUGAGACUCCGAAUUUCGAUAGGCUGUUUGGCUCGCUCGAUAUCUACAAGCAUGCCUCUGAACUGCAGCACAACAAAUUCCUUACUCUCGAGUGGGAUUUCUCUAAAAUCCAGGGGUCUUCGAGCAUCGAAGAAACAAACCGAAAUCUCACAGAUCACAUCAACAGAUCGAUUAAACGUUUCUGUCAGACGUAUGCAGCUAUAUUGGGAAAGAGCAAUGAAGAUCUUCAAAAAUGGAUUGUUAAUCCAACUAAUUGUACUGAUUCUCUCGAAGCACUUUUUGAUCAAGUUCGACUCACUCCGUAUAAGGUCUACCUCCUGAUUGACGAAUAUGAUGCAAUCACCAAUGAGUUCCUCGACCCUGCUGACAUCCUUUCAUAUCAGCAGCUCCGUGACAAGCAGAGUCUCAUGAAAGCUGUCUUUGGGACCAUCAAGGAUCACUGCAGCAAGGAAAUAUCCCGGGUUUUCAUAACUGGGGUGUCUCCACUUUCGAUGAAUGACGUUACCAGUGGAUUCAACAUUCGAUUUGAUAUUUCCCUGAUACCAAAAUAUGAACACAUGUUGGGACUCUAUGAGAAAGAUAUAUGA